AAAAACAACAACGAUCAAGUGUCAUUCAUUGGACAUUAUCAACAAAUCUUUGCACAAUACCACAACUACAAGAUCUAAUUAUUAUAUAAUAAUGUUGAAAAACAUUGGCAAAAUGUUUACGACAACAACAAGAACAAAAACGGCUCUAUUAACAAUUGGGACAACAAAAUGGUCGAUUAUAACGACUAUUCGUUCGAUUAUUUUUCUUUGUCUUGUAACGGAUAUAAUGGUAAAAGAAAUUGAUAGCAAAUCAGAUUUAUUGGAAGAAGAAACAAUGGCUAUACCUGCAGAACAUCGUUCAUUUCCUGAUCAAUAUGAUAUGAAUGAUGAUGAUAAUAAUAAUAAUAAUCAUAAUAAUCAUAAUGGUGCACCUAUUUUUAUGAAGAAUAAAAAUAUACCAUCAAAUUUCUACAAUAAUAAUAAUAAUAAUAAUAAAAUGCCAAUCGAUGCAAGUCAAAAUGAACUUUGGCCAAUGGUUCGUCCGGAAUCUUCAAUGAUCAAGACAAUCAACGUAAAAUGUGAGAAAAAUCAAAUGAAAGUUAAUAUUGAAUUUGAUCGACCAUUCAAUGGUGUUAUUUUUAGCAAAGGAUACUAUAGCGACCCAAAAUGUAUCCAUUUGCCCGCAGGUUCUGGAAAGCUUCAGGCAAAUUUUGAAAUCUAUCUAGGAUCAUGUGGAAUGGCAAGCAGUGAAAAAACGAAUAGUCCAUCAUCAUCAUUGGGUCUUUUUAUUGAGAAUACAAUUAUUAUACAAUAUGAUCCUCAAGUACAAGAAAUUUGGGAUCAAGCAAGAAAAUUACGUUGCACUUGGUAUGAUUUUUAUGAAAAAUCCGUUACAUUUCGACCAUUCAAUGUUGAUAUGUUGGAUGCGGUUACCGCUAAUUUUUUGGGCGAUAAUAUUCAAUGUUGGAUGCAGAUUCAAGUGGGCAAAGGACCAUGGGCUAGUGAAGUUGCUGGCAUCGUUAAAAUUGGUCAAACAAUGACCAUGGUAUUGGCCAUCAAAGAUGAAGAGAAUAAAUUCGAUAUGUUAGUACGUAAUUGUAUUGCACAUGAUGGUAAACAUCAACCAAUUCAAUUGGUGGAUGAAUAUGGCUGUAUUGUGAGGCCGAAAAUUAUGUCGAAAUUUCAACGGGUUAAAAAUUUCGGUCCAUCCGCCACGGUUGUUUCAUAUGCCUAUUUUAAAGCAUUCAAAUUUCCUGAUUCAAUGAAUGUACAUUUUCAAUGUGUCAUCCAAGUAUGUCGCCAUGAAUGUCCACCGGUCAACUGUGAAGGCGAUGAUUUUGGUGGUGGCCUACAAAAAGAUGAUAAUCGUAAAUUUUUGAAUAGAUUCGGUGAGAUAGCAACGACAACCGUAUCGACAGUUCAUCAUCAUAAUCAUGCUAGUCAACAUCAUCAACAACAAAUGCGACAAAAUCAAAGUAAUUUACCUAUGACAUUGAAUGCGAUUGGUGCCAUGCCUAGAUCGCUUAAUCUAAACAAACUGGAACGAAAGAAAAAAUCAAUAAAUUCUCAUGAUUAUCAAUCCGAUAAUAAUGAUGAUGAUGAAACAAAGAUUUCGACUGAUGUAAAUACUGAAAAAAUAAUCAAAGUAGUUGCACCUGGUGAUGUUGCUUUUUCACUGCCGUUAACCAAUAAUGGUGGUGGUGGUGGUGGUGGUAAUGGUCCCGGUUCUACUGAUAAUUUAAUAGAAAUCGAUGAAACAAUAACCGAUUUACCUAGUAUGAUCUGUUUACCAGCUACUGGAUUCAUUAUAAGUAUCGUUUUAUUUGCAUUACUACUAUUGAUCACUUGUGCAGUUACCGUUAUAUUGGUUAUACGAUUAAAAAAUACAACAUCAACAAAAAUGUUUGGAAAACAAUGUCAAAAAUCAUCUACACAUAUUUGUAAUGGAAAUUAUUGUCCAUGUCAAUCAGCGACAACAACAUUAACACCAUCUUUACCUUAUUAUCUUACAAUGAACAGUAGCAUGUCAAAUGUUUCAUAAAUGAUUUUUUUUUCAUUACCUUGGAAGCCAAAUUUAAUGUCCGUAUAGUUUCGGCUCUUCAUAUUAUUUUUUUUGUGUGUGUGUAUUUAUCAUUAUCAUUGCCUAUUGAUUCGUUUGUAAUUUGAAA